UGAGUUGUGGCUCGUGCGUCAUGUUUACUAGUGUAUUAUCACUUUAGAGUGUGUGAGUGGUCGGCUUAAGCGAUAGCGUUAAUCAAAUUAGAUUUCGUGUCGUAUCGCUGAGAUUUAAAGUGUGAAAAAUCCUAAAUGCCAGCCAGUACCGUUGAUCAGUGUGGGUUUGUCGGAGCAUCCAGCACUUACUUAAGUCGUCCGUUAUGUACCGGCACGGUUUUUUGUUAGCCAUCAUGUUCUGCUUAUCCCAGAACGUGGUGGUAGCGUAUCCUAGCGGAGCGCCGACUACUGCUUGUGAUUCCAUGACACCGGGACAUGGAACACCAUCGAACGUUGCGUGUCCAUUUGUCACUAUUUUCGAUAAGACUGAGAUGUUUUCGAACGGUACUCUGAAGGUGACAUUACAAGCACCUACCUCGAUUACCAAAACAUUCAAAGGAUUUAUGGUCAUGGGAUUCGAUAAAGCAACCAGUGCUGUUAUUGGAACAUUCAAAAUCUCAUCGACGGACCAGCAGUACAGUAAAACACUAGAUUGCAGUCAAUAUGAUAAUGCUGCAACACACAAGAAUGAUAAUACAAAAUCAAGUAUUUCGAUGGACUGGAUUCCUCCUCAAGGAUUUGGUGGUGAUGUCGAAUUCAAAACUACUUUUCUCGAGGAUAAAGAUUAUAAUUUUUGGGUAAAAGAACUUUCCGAGACGAUCAGAAUUACUGCCUCCGAGCCUUUACCUACGAUCCCAACAACUGACUCAGCAAACACUGAACUUCCCAUCCCAGAUCCGUAUGUUGGAUGCGGGGAAACUAAAGGCUGUAUUGCCAUACCUGAUGGAUGCGUCGCUAACAAAACCUGUUCCAUGAUGACAACGUACAAAAAAUUUGACAACGCCAAUCUGGUGCUGGAGGUCUAUGGUGAAAUCACUGGAGAUCAAUAUGUUGCUGUUGGAUUUUCCACUGAUUCAGAAAUGGGAUCCGACAGUGUGGUUGAAUGCGUCCAAUACCGUGAUACACCGAAAACGUAUCAGUCGUACAAUACUCCAGACCACAACAACAUUAGGCUUACUAACUUGCAAGUAAUUGAAGAAAUGUCUUCCAUGUCCGUUGACGGAUACAUUUAUUGCAGCGUCAAACAUCCUAUCGUAUUCAAAAAUUCCAACCAAGACUUUGAUCUGAAUCAACCGCAUUACAUAUUUAUGGCCACUGGGACAACUGGAAAAGAAAACAUUCAACGACAUUCUAAAAAAGAAAAAAGCAGUGCGUCUAUUAAUUUAACAAGUGAUCUUGGCAUCUCCUAUUACAAAGAGAAAGAGUCAAGAGUAUUGAAGCAGUUGCACGGUUCCUUCAUGGUCAUUGCCUGGCUUAUGGCCGCCUCUGUAGGAGUGUUAAUGCCGCGCUACAUGAAAAAGACUUGGGUUGGCAAGCAGUUCAUGAAAAAGGACCUUUGGUUUGUGUAUCACCGAGGACUGAUGGUGCUUGUCUGGACUUUGACGGUGAUCGGUUUCAUCAUUAUCUUUAUCGACGUUGAUGGCUGGGUGUCCGAGUCCGUUUCUGAGAAUCCCCAUCCGCUUAUCGGAUGCAUCACCACUGUUUUGGCGUUCAUCCAACCGUUCAUGGCCUUAAUGAGACCCAUGCCCAACGCUCCGAAUCGAUACAUUUUCAACUGGGCCCAUAUGCUCGUCGGAUACUCUGCCCAUAUCUUAGCUAUUACCUGCAUCUUUCUUGCCGUUGAAAUGGAAGAAGCGGAAUUACCUUAUGAAACUUACUGGAUUUUGACUGCCCACAUUUGCUGCUAUGUGGGCGCGCAUCUUCUUUUGACCUUUUUGGCACGAAGAAACUUAACCGUGCGCGACGUUUUUAAGGAUGAUGCUCCUAGAGAUGAAACGGGAUCUCUUGGAAGGAAAAUCAUCGUCAGCUGCUACAUCUGCAUUGUAGUUGGACUGGGUUCUACUGUCGUUGCCUUUAUCGCUGGAGCGUAAUAGCGUAUAUUUCCGAAUCAUUUUUUUUUUUUCAUUAUGUUGGAUAUAAUUUGCACUGACUUAACUUUGGCUAAACUGUGUACGAUUUUACUGUCAACUGGGAGGAUCGAACUCCUGGUACUUUUUUUUUCAAUGACCCAUUACGUGAAAUUAUCCAAGAAUGAUUUCGCCAUUAGUUUCUAAAUGUUGCAAUGCCGAUCAUAAUAAAGAUUCGUUCAAUUGGGUAAAUAUUUGCGUUUCCUAUCGUUAUUUCGUGCAAAAAUACGUGCUUUUAUCAAU